AAGGUUCCUACCUUUGCAAUCAACUGCCCUCCUCCACCCCAACGCCCAGGCCCUGGGGUGUAGCAGCUCCCCCAGCCUGGAGGCAAUAAAUCCCCCAGGGCUAGAGGCCUGCUGGGCUAUGGAACGGGGGUGUUACUAUCCCUUUAAGCAACUCCUUUACUUUGCAUUUCUCCCCCCCACGCCCCCCCUCCUCUACUGUUGUCUUCUCCUCCCUCAGGGUCCUAGGGGCUGACUCAUUCCGCUCCAGCAGGGAGUGGGGAACAGCAGCUCCAGCAGCAGCAAAAGAGAGGCAGAAGCCAGAGAGCAGCCCCCUGUCCCUCCCCUGCAAAGAUGGAGGAGCCCGAAGCGAGCAUUGUGGUGAAGCUGGAGGGUGACUCGGAGGAAGAGGAGGAGAAAGAAGAGGCUGCCGUCUAUGCCAAGUGCGGCCGGCGCUACAAGUGCCUGCCGUGCGGCAAGACCUUCCCCAGCGUACCCCGGGUGCUCCGCCAUGCCAAGUGCCACGCUGGGGGGGGCGCUGCCACGGCCAAGCACACCUGCCCCAGCUGCGCCAAGGAGUUCCCCGACCGCGCACAGCUGCACAAGCACCAGCUGAGCCACUCGGCUGAGCGCCCCUUCCAGUGCCUGCAGUGCUCCAAGGCCUACAAGACGGCGCCGGAACUGCGCAGCCACGGACGCAGCCACACGGGCGAGAAGCCCUUCAUCUGCCAGGAGUGCGGCAAGGCCUUCAUGCAGCCAGUGUGCCUGCGCGUCCACAUGGCCCGGCACACCGGCGACCUGCCCUUCCGCUGCUCCCACUGCGCCAAGGGCUACGGCACGCUCUCCAAGCUGAAGAUCCACCAGCGGGCGCACACGGGCGAAAAGCCCUACACCUGCGGCGAAUGCGGCAAAGCCUUCGCCGACCCCUCGGUCUUCCGCAAGCACCGACGCAUCCAUGCCGGCCUGCGCCCCUACCAGUGCAGCGCCUGCCAGAAGACCUACGCCGAGCUGAAGGACCUGAAGAACCACGAGCGCAGCCACACCGGAGAGAAGCCCUUCCUGUGCUCCGACUGUGGCAAAGCCUUCUCCCGCUCCUCCUCGCUCACCUGCCACCAGCGCAUCCACGCGGAGCAGAAACCCUACUGCUGCGGCCAGUGCGGCAAAGGCUUCACCCAGCUCUCGUCCUACCAGAGCCACCAGCGCACCCACUCUGGGGAGAAGCCAUUCCUCUGCCCGCAGUGCGGCCGCAUGUUCUCGGAUCCCUCCAGCUUCCGGCGCCACCAGCGGGCCCACCAGGGCGUCAAACCGUACCAGUGUGACAAGUGCAGCAAAGCUUUUCGCCAGCCGGCUGACCUGGCCAUGCAUCAGCGGAUCCACACCGGCGAGCGGCCCUACAAGUGCCUGCAGUGCGACAAGACCUUUGUGGCCUCCUGGGAUCUCAAGCGGCACCAGCUGGUGCACUCGGGCGAGCGGCCGUUCCAGUGCGGGGAGUGUGGGAAGAGCUUCGCCGAGCGGGCCAGCCUCACCAAGCACUACCGGGUGCACUCGGGCGAGCGGCCCUUCAAGUGUGGCCGCUGCGGCAAGACCUUUGUGGUCUCCUCCAGCCUCCGCAAGCACGAGCGGACCCACGGCGAGCGGCGGGGCGGGGAGGAGGAGGAGGAGGAGGAAGAAGCAGGAGCCACGGCCCGGCACAUCUGCCGGCUCUGCGGGGCCGCCUUCAGCGAGGCUGCGGCGUUGCGGCGCCACCAGCGAGGGGAGCACCCGGAGGUGUCCCCUGGGGCGCUCACCUGUGCUGAAUGCGGGGAGACCUUCUCCUCACCCUACGACCUGCGCAAGCAUGAGCGGCUCCACCCCGGCCUGCGCCCCUUCCCCUGCCCCGAGUGCGGCAAGGGCUUCUCCGACCGCGCCGGCCUGCGCAAGCACGAACGCAUCCACUCCGGGGUGCGGCCCCACGGCUGCCACCGCUGCGGCAAGGCCUUCCUCGGCGCCGCCGACCUCCGCAAGCACCUCCGCACCCACGGCCCCGCCCCCGGCCCCCCCCUUGACGAGGCCGCCCAGCCCCCCAACGGGCCUGACGGCUGCCUGCCAGAAGGACUGAGCCAGUCCUCCUGAGCCCCUCCCCCCUCCGGAGGGUGUGGCUCUUCGGUAACCCCCCUGCAGGUGGGUACAGCCGCUGAUCCCCUUGGGCUCCUUGCCCUCCUCAGCCAUUGUGGGGAUGUGGUCUGUGCUCCCAGGUACCACCCCUCUGGAAGAUUAUGGCUAUAUGCCCCCCCAGGACUCCGCCCCCUCCCAAGUCCCUAGAGGAUAUGGCUCUGAGCCCCUAAGCCCCACUCUCUCAAGGCCCAUAGCUGUCUGCUCCCCGAGAGCUCCUCCUCCUUUUGGGCCCAUGGGGGCGUGGCUCUGUGCUCACAGGCUCCUCCCCUUCACUCUCAGGGCGUGGCUAUCUGCCACUCCCGCCGGGGGGGGGUGUGACUGUCUCAUCCCCCGGGCCUCUCCAUCUCCUCAGCCCCCAGGGGGAGGUUGCUUAUUGUUCCCCAAGGGAGGUGGGCCACCGCCUCCUUUUGUACCUCUGCUCCUUUUAGGGAGGGGUAGGAGGCUGGGGAGAUUGUGAAAGGAGGGCAGCACAUGGUUCAAUGCCCCUCCCUCUCCAGGGGGCGUGGCUGUACUGACUCCUCCCUUCCCCAGGGGGUGUGGCUCUCUACUCUCAGGCCCCGCCCCAUCAGGCAUGGCUGACUGGUGAUGCACUGUCCACGUGCCUAGAAACCUGUGGGGGCGAGGGGUCCGCGCUGCCCUCUGCUGGAGAGAAUUGGAGCGAUCCGUGAGAGCAAUGGGUUGAUUGGCUGCUGGGCGUGGCGUGCGGGCGCAGGGGAGCUGGAAGGGUUUCUCGGGCCGAGAGGGUUGAACUGCUGUUCAGGGAAGCUCAUGGUAACCACCGGCAAAAGCUUCUUUGUAAAUCGGCCUCGUGCCGGUAUGAAAAGAAUGAAAUAAAUCCCUCUUUUUGUAACCUGG